AUGGGCCGCAAGAAGGAGGUGCAGGUUGGUGCGGCUCUUUACUUCCUUGGCUCCGCCAUCACUGCGCUGUCGCCGUUCCUCUGGGGGAUCUAUGCUGGCUUCCUGAUCUAUGGUCUCGGCAUAGGCUUCUGCAUGCACGCGGCGCCCGUCUACAUCGCCGAGAUCGCGCCGGCCAAGGUGCGUGGCACCUUUGUCUCCGCCAAGGAGAUGGUCAUCGUCCUGGGAAUCUUCCUGGGCUUCGCUGCCGGCGCCAUCUUUGCGCCCAUGGAGCAGGCCGGCUGGCGCUGGAUGGUGAUCAUCGCUGCGGUCUUCGCAUGCCUGGUGGAGGUGGGCAUCACCUUCAUCCCCAACUCUCCACGGUGGUUGGUCCUGAGAUCUUUGCGCACCAGCUCUCCAUUGGUCCUGAGAUCUCCCGUCGAAGGGCUAAACAAAGUCUUUGACCAGGGAACGCAAGACCGCAACCAUCCGGUGGAUGAGGCCCUGGCCAGCGAGGCCAAGGAAGCUUUGGCUUUCUUCCGCGGAGCCACUGCGGCGGAGAUCGAGGAGGAGUUCAACGUCAUGCUGAGCGAUGCCCGGGACUCCUCCGCCGGGGCCAGUGCCGCGCCCAGAUGCUUGGAAACCUUGCGUUAUCCGAAGCCGUUGAUCAUCGGAUGCGGCCUCGUCUUCUUCCAACAGGUCACAGGUCAGCCAUCCGUUUUGAUCUUCGCCACCGACAUCUUUAAGAGCGCCGGCUUCGCCGGCGCGGCGGCGCUGAGCUCCGUGGGAGUGGGCCUGGUCAAGUUGUUGGCCACGUCCUUCACCGCCUUCAAAGUGGAUCAGUACGGCCGACGGCAAUUGUUGUUGUGGGGAAUUGCCGGCAUGAUCUUAGCCUUGGCCAUGCUGGGCACCGCCUUCAGCUUCCGCCAUGUGGAAAAUGGAGAGGUGUCAAUUCCUAGGGGUUGUGCCAUCGUCACGGUUUUGGCCUUGAUGAUCUACGUGAGCGCCUACCAGGUGGGAUUCGGACCUAUCUCCUGGCUGAUGAUUUCCGAGAUCUUCCCUCUGGGCGUGCGCGGCUCUGCGCUGUCGACGGCUGCCAUGGUGAACUUUGGGUCCAACAUCCUCAUGACGCUCUGUCAGACAGCUUUGAUGGACGCCCUGACCCCGGCGGGCGCCUUCUUCCUCUACAUGGCCUUUGCCGUGAUCUCCAUCGUCUUCGUGGCCGCCGUGGUGACCCGCAACGUUGCCGCGGCGCCGUCGUUGGUGAAGCGUAAGGGACCAAUAAGGCACCGUUGCGGUAUACUAGGAUACUGA